GUUCCGAAUGUCGUGUGAACACACCUUUAACAAAUAACCAAUCAGCGAGCUCGAACGUGGAGGUGCGGUCAACUUCAGUCUUACGAGUCCAACGAUUUGUAAACAGAGACGUGCAGUGAAAGAAACGUUAACAGCACGAUUGCAUCAAUUGUGACCUUCAACAAUGUCUGAGAACACUGUUUUGGAAAACGGAGAACAGAGGGACAGUCCAUUUCGUCAUUGGCAGCGCCCUGAUCUCCCCAGCAGAUGCACGUACCAUCAAGCGUCAUCAAUUAAGGAAUCACCUCAUAUACAUCUGCCAGUUAAGCCAAGGCCUGCCAUUAUGUCUUCUGUCCUUGACAACAUCGGAAACACGCCUCUUGUAAGAUUAAACCGGCUGCCUGCAUCAGAAGGGAUCCAGUGUGAAGUCUUGGCAAAGUGUGAGUUUUUUAAUGCUGGAGGGAGCGUGAAGGAUCGUAUUGGAUUGCGAAUGGUCGAAGAUGCAGAGAGAAGGGGAAUUCUUAAACCUGGGGAUGUGCUUAUUGAACCUACGUCUGGGAAUACUGGUAUUGGUAUGGCGCUGGCAGCUGCAGUGAAGGGCUACAGGUGCAUCAUCGUGAUGCCGGAGAAAAUGAGCAUGGAAAAGGUUGAUGUUCUACGAGCCUUAGGUGCCGAGAUUGUCCGCACACCGACCAGUGCUGCGUUUGAUUCCAAGGAGUCGCACAUCAGUGUGGCUAAGCGCUUGAUGGAAGAGAUCCCCAAUGCCCACAUACUGGAUCAGUACCGGAAUGCCAGCAACCCACUGGCCCACUAUGAUGGAACUGCGGAGGAAAUACUCCAGGCCUGUGAAGACAAGGUUGACAUGGUAGUUCUGGGAGCUGGUACGGGGGGAACACUGACAGGGCUUGCCAGGAAGUUCAGGGAGAGAUGCCCUAAUUGCAAGGUGAUAGGUGUAGACCCGGCUGGCUCUACUCUGGCAGAACCUUCUGAGAUAAACAAGACUGACGUCACUGGCUAUGAGGUUGAAGGGACGGGCUAUGACUUCAUACCAACUGUACUUGACAGGAAGUUUGUGGACAAGUGGUACAAGUCGUAUGACAAGCCAACAUUUCAAAUGUCUCGUCGUCUCAUACGAGAGGAAGGACUUCUCUGUGGCGGCAGCAGUGGGGCCACAAUGUACAUUGCCCUACAGGCCAUGAAGGAUUUUGGACUGAAGAAGGGACAGAGAUGUGUUGUCAUAUUUGCAGACUCUGUGAGGAAUUACAUGACAAAGUUCCUCAGUGAUGAUUGGAUGAGCCAGCGUAAUUUUCUGGCACACGACCCGCGUGUGGGUGUGGCUGGAACAUGCUCUGGUCAAUGGUGGUCAAAGCUGAAUGUGAGCUCCCUGCGUCUUCAGAGCCCUCUGACUGUUAUGCCGAAUGUAACAAUAGGAGAGACAUUGGAAAUACUGAACCAAGAAGGUUUUGACCAGGUCCCUGUCGUCGACAAGGACGGAGUGGUGCUGGGUAUGAUUACCGUAGGCAACAUGAUGUCACAGGUCGUGAGGGCAAAGGUCAUGAAGUCUGACCCUGUCACCAUGGCGAUGUACAAACAAUUUAAACAGGUGCAGAUGGACACAUCACUGGGUCAGCUGUCUCGGAUGCUGGACACUGACCACUAUGUGCUGGUCGUCCAUGGACAGAAACAAUAUGAGGGAAAUUCCAAGACCAUCCAGAAGCAGAUGAUAUUUGGAAUUGCCACCAGAAUCGACCUGAUAAAUUUCAUCACAGAAAACCAGCCAACACCACCAGAAAAUGCAUCAUAGAACUUUUGUUCUUUGUGCUUUUGUUUCAUGAUAUACAAACAAAUGUUAUCCCGAAACUCUGGCCAUCGGUCAAAGCUAACGUUACUGACUGCAAUCUGAUCUGUUUUUAAUGGUCUUGAUAUAAUAAACUUGAACUUGUGUUUGUUAAGCUUUCAAUGUUGCUCAAAUUUAACUGCAUGUAGCAACAGUACUUUUUUAAACAAAUAUUUUUUGGCAGUUCUACAAACUGUAGUGUGUCUUUCCAUUUAUUACUUAGUGAACUCUUGAGUAUACAGAGAGAGACAGCUGGUCCAAAUUUCAUAAUCAUAUUUUUUUUUUCAUUUACCUAAAUUUCUUAUUUAAAACUCAAUAUACCAAAUAAAACACAGUUUGUGAUUAUCUUACAUGUAAGUUUCCUUUAAUAUACCAUCACUCUGUAAAAUGAGAACAUUACUCAAUUUAUACCACAUCUUAAAUAGCGUGCUGAACUUGAUCCUGCUCCAUGAAAUUAAGAUUGUUAUAAGAAAAAUUGGGAUAACAUUAUCAUUAGAUAACAGCAUAUUGAAAUUGGAGCUGCGUUAUUUUUGAAUGGUAAUAUAGCUUUAUUGUUUGUUUCCUUUUGUCAUGUUAGGGUGUCAGGCUGUGUAAUCAAUGCUUCAGACUCAUGUUAGCCACGCACUGUUGCAUCUUUUACCAUUUUGAAACAAAUAUACAUUUGGGUUUUUAAAUAUAUGUGGAUGGGUCUCAAUUAAACACAUAACAUGCCACAUGAGAUAUGGUAUGGGCAUAAAGUUGAACUUCUACGAGCUUGGCUUUGUUUCGGAGAAGUCGUCUCAUGUAUAUUCUAUUGUGGUUUAUAAUAUUUCCAAUGAACUUUAUAACAGUUACUUGUUAUAAAGUUUUUAAACCCUAGUCCAAAUAUACUACCUUUAUCUUUACUUCAGUUUUACUAUGUGACUUAUUAUAUGGGAUGACUACUCCGUAUAUGGUACAACUUCUAGCAGCUUCUAGUGGUUUCGUGUUGGUAUCACUUGUUUUGUAAUCUCAAAGCAUACAUGACCUUGUUCUCAUGUGGUAAUCUCAUCACAUUUUAUGAUAUGUAUUGUUACCUCUUAUUAUUGCUUGGGGGUUUUCUGUGUAAGGGAAACAAUGGGCAUUUCUGGUUCUAUAUGUUGUAUGCCAUAAGUGCUUCAUAAUUAAGUGAUGCUAUGUUUUGUUCAUUUCUUUGCUACAUGAGUUUCAGUAAUCUGCAGCCAAUUGGAUAAAACUGGUUAAUUCUUUGGUUUGAUCAUUAAUUGCAGUUUUGAAAUUACAAAAUAACUGAAAAAUGAAGAUCAACCACACAUUGGUAACUGCUAUUUUACAAGAAUUUCAUAAUUUACACUUUAUCAGAUUAGUUAACAAAUUCAAGAUGAUGUAAACAUUGCGUUAGAUUUAUAACCUAAUAGGUUUUUGUGAUCUGAUGUUUAGUUUUAAAAGCAAAAAUAAAUUUCACUUUGUAUCAUGUAAAUAUAAAGCAAAGAAUUGGUUCAAAUAUUUAUAAAUAUGUACAUCUCGGAAUAGGCAAAUUAUGUACAGGUUUGAAAAGGUAAAUUAUGUACUUGUAUGUACGAUUUUACCAGUGCUUAAUGUUAUAGUAGCUGUUUUAAAUCUGCAAUUGAUGUACAAGUGGUACCAAUAGUAAUAAAUAUUUCACUGUGAAAAUGCAUGAAUUUGUACCAUGACAUGUUCAACUGUUUGACUCAUUGUUUUGCUCUAUUUGGGUUUAUACAUAUACAUCUGUGGCCAAUCAUGGAUCAUGUACAUCUCUAGACAAUCGUGGAUAGAGGUGGGAUAUAUAUAUCAUAGCUUGCAUUUUUAAUUUGUACACAUAUUGCCUUUAUGCAAAGAUCUUUAGAUCUGCACAAAGGGGAUUUAGAGCUUAUAGUUCAUAUAAAGUAGGCAGAAUGGCAGCACCCAUCAUGUUUUUAAGGUCAUGGAUGCUUUGAAAGUAAUAAAUUUUUCUUUUUAUGUAAAAUAUAUUUGAUCAAAUGUAGGCAAAAACUGACAAGUUUAAUGAUCUAUAAGACCUAUUUGCUUGCAAGAACUCAAAUUUAAUUAAUGACCAUAUAAUAAUGUACAUGUGUAUGUAUCGGACUUUAGUAUACAUGUAAAUGUACAUUAGGUUUAACUGAUCUAAUAUUCUAUGAACACUCGUUGGUAGUUAUAAAGAUCCAGAUCUUUACAUAACAUUUUCAUACAUGAAGUAGCUGAUUCAGAAACAUUUAUCUUUGUCUAUUGUUCUUAUAUAAGUUGUGGUCUUUUUUGUGGUGGAAAUUUGAAAUAGCAGCUAGACUAUUAUGAAAAAACACAAUUAUGUAUUAUAAUUUAAAUGAAUACAUUUAUAUAUUACCAUUAUAUGCUUGAGGGUUUAAUUUUUAAAAGGUGAAAAAAUAUUCAUAUUAGUGAGGUUGCAAACCAGUGCUUGUACGUGUGGACUCCGUUUCCAUGUCCAGUUAUGUGUACAAUGUCCUUAUAAAGUCUAAAAGGUUGUGUUUUUGUUAUUUAGUAGUGUUCAUUAUACGAGUUUAAUAUAGCAUUACAAAGGCAGGAGGGAAAUGAUUAAUUUAUGUACUAAUUAGUCUACAAAUUCAAAUUUAAAGAAAGAUAUUGUAUACAACAUUUAACUAAACAGCAACCUUUACAUGUACAUGUAGUUACUCAUGUACACACAUGUACAAGUGGUACAUUCCAACCUGUAUAUUGUCAAUGGGUUAACACACUGUAAUUAUUAAAAGAUCUCUUUAAUUUAUAUUCUACAAAUGUCUGAUUUCUUUGGUAGGCAUCAUGCUUCAAAUGAAAUAAAAUUCAAAAGUU